GGAGCUGGCGUGGCGCAACGGCCUGAUGGACUUCGCCAUGCCGUACAUGAUUCAGGUGUUGCGGGAGUACACCGGUCGCGUGGACGCCCUCGACAAGAAGACCCUGAAGAAGGAGGAGGAGGAGGAGAAGCAGAAGAGCGCCUCCAACGACUACGUCCCCGACUACAUGAUGGGCGGCAUGCCCGGCAUGAUGGGCCCCGGGGGCAUGGGCAUGCUGGCGCUGACGGGCCCCGGGGCGGUGCCGCAGCAGGCCGCGCACGGAGGCUACCCGGCCCCCAUGAUGGGGCCGGGCGCGCCGGGCAUGAUGCAGACCCCAGGCGCGCCGAUGAUGAUGACCCCCGGCAUGGGCUUCUGAGCGCCCGGCCGGGCGGCCACCCACGUCGACUCAUCAACGAUUGGGCGGGCGAGGGGGGCCGGCGAAGGCGAGCGGGCGGGAGGUCGAGCCUCAGCCGCCCCGUCGGGGCAGGGCGCCGCUCCAACGACCCGACUCUCCUCCAAGGCGAGGGGGGCCUGGCGGCGAUGGACGGCCGCGCCAUGGGGCGGCCGAGCGGAAUCCCAGGGACUCCCCUGGCCUCCCUGUCUCUCCUCGCGCCUCCCUCAUUGCCUCCUCCCCUCCGCGCCUGCGCGCUUCCUCCCCUCGUCUCUCCUCCCCCCCCUCCUGUUCGUCCUCCC